UACAUUCAACUGUGUAUCCUUGGAGAACGUUUGAGGCUUCCAUGUUCUACUCUGUGUGAAUAAGCUGUUGUUUCUACUUGAACUGAAAGCUGGUUUAUUUUUAAAUUCACCCGAUUAAACUCAACAAUUUGAACUUUUUUGCAUAUAACAAAAAAUGUGGAAGAAUCAUGCAGAGGAAGACAAUCUGCAGAAAUCAGGCAGUAAACUGACACUUCCUGCCCUGUCUGACAGUAAAAGUCUGCCAUUCAACAGGGCACAGCCUCAGAGGGACCAAGCUCUGAGGAUGGAUGACCUUUUCUUCUCCAUGUGGGGCAGUAAUAUUUCACAGGUUCCUUUGGCCAUUCACAACACCAUGGGGCAUCUCAAAUCUCGCCACAUAGAGGUCAGCCAUUGGCAGGCAUAUAUAUUUGAGGCCAUUCAACAGGUAGAAAGAGAAAUCGCCUGUUUGGAGCAGAUGAAAGAGAUGGCAGAGCGCUGUCUCCAGGAGAGGCGGCUGUACAGUCAGCUUAUGAGGGACUGUGUGGCUCUCAGCAGCGGCUUGUGCUCAGCGGGUCUGAGACAAGACCAGGUUUUCAUCAAGCUGAAGAAAGAGGAGCAGCUGUCCAACGAGAGCGGAGAGGUGCUGCAGAAGAAGAUCUUUAUCCUACUCGACAAACUAAGCUCUUUGAAGACAAUCCACUCUCAAUUGCUGAUGGAUUUUCAAGACAAGGUUGAAGCCAUCAAACUCACCAGCAGAUGCAUCACCUUUGAGGAGGAAACCCCAUGCUCUCGCUUGCUUCCUGCCCCAUGCAAAUCACUCCAUGUGAGCUACGAGGAGUGGUUGUCUCAUUGCCAAUCCUUGAAGUUGACAGCUGAUAACCUUGUGAAGGACUCGUCAUCCUGGAGGGGAAACCUGCAGUUCCUCCUGGCUAAUCAAAAAAAUUCCCACGAGCGCCAACGCUGCAGCACCGGGGAAUCUCUCAGGAGGAAGAUCCACGACCUGACCAAGAUCAAUGAUAAGCUGAAUAUGGAAAGACAGAGUAUCAACCAUGAGAUUUCUGAUCUGACCAAAAGUGCACAGAGACUGGCCAAUUAUAUUCACAACUGUGAAUGCAGGCUGCAUCAGACCACCCACCUUCUGGACUUCCUCAACCAGAGACCCAGAUUUGAGCUCUGCCUUGAUCAUCCCCACAACUAUCUCACUCUGGAGAGACAUGACCUGGCAGCAAUGGUUGCUGGUCUUCAGUUGGUGCUACAGCGUUCCCAGCAGAACCUGGGCAUGGCACGCAGGCAUCUGGCCUUUGUGGAGGACAAACUGGCCAGAAAUGCUCAAAUCCUUGACGUGGUGCAGAGGUGCCAGAACUUCCACCAGAGCUUCCGGCUGGCCGUCGAUACAGCUAUGGUUCUGAGUAACAAACCCAGGCUUUGUGGAACCCUUGACAGCUCCAACCCUCACACUGACCUGCAGUAGAUGCAUCUGCUGCCACCUAUAGUGCUCUUUACGCCACGCUGCCAAUAAAACACCUAUCAGCA